UACACGGCACACAGGAUAUGAGACGUGUCCAUCAAGCCCUGCUGACCGCUUUUAGUUUUUCCGCCAUCUCGUGAGAACAAGAGCGGUGCAUUUUGAGUCCACCAAGAAGAGAUUGCCCCAUUAGUAUUUUGAGGAACCUACUCAUCCUUAAUUCCCAGGUUACAGAGGGACCAUCUUUGCCCAGCUAUGGAACUCUUUGUUCUGUUAGUCCUCACUUUUUGCUGUUGCCAAGCUGUGCCUCUCGAAGGUGAAGAUGCCGACUGUAACAGCCCUGACGUCUUCAGUGCUGUGGACCUAGCAGUGAAGGCACAUAAUGAAGACCAAAAGGAUGGGAACCUAUUUGCACUAAGGGUGAUCCUUGCAGCCCGUAGGACAGCAGGCCCUGGCAAUAAUUUCCUCAUCAAGUAUCAACUUGCAGAAACCUCUUGUCCUCUCAAAGGAAGCGUUUCCUGGCAAAACUGCGAGUUCCUACCACCCUCAGAAGGAGACUCAGGAGAGUGUACUGCUGAAAUUCACAGCGAUGAUAGUCAAGUCUUUUCCAGUGUUUUCCAAACAUGCAGAAUUACCACAGCCCCAGGAAAGGUGACCCGUUCCCAUGCAAGAUGCUUGGGAUGUUGGCACACCAUAAGCAGUAAAAGCGAGGAGCUGAUCCCCAUUUUGAGGCAUGCCAUAAGCCUUUUUAAUAACGAAAGUGAUCAGCAACCCCUUUUUGAUGCUGUGGGAGUAGUACAUGCUGCACGUCAGGUGGUUGCUGGCUGGAAAUACAGGUUUGAAUAUUGGAUUCAAGAAACAAAUUGUUCCAAAGUUGAUUUUGCAAAUAUGGCUCCUUCUGAAACGUGCAAAAUCCUUCCAAAAGGUCAUGUAGGCAGCUGCCAUGUCGAAAGCUAUGUGGACUUUAGAAACACAAUUGUGAAUGUUGAACAAAAGUGCGAACUUGAAGUAGACACAAAGAAAAAUUGUCCUGGUUGCACAAGAGUCAUUCCAUCGGACAGCCCACAGCUGAAGGAACCAUUGGCAGCUGUUGCUGAAAAAUAUAACACAGAAUGCAGUGAUGGAUUCUUAUACAGAAUUACCAAAGUGACCAAAGCAACAGUCCAGAUUGUGUCUGGAAUAAUGUAUCGAAUUGAGUUCCAAAUCAUAGAGACAAAUUGCUCCAAUGCUGAAGUUCAUGGACUUGAUGAAAACUGUAUCGCAAAGGAAAAUAGUGAACCGUUGCACUGCUAUAGCUCUGUAUGGGAGAAGCCUUGGCAGCCGAAAAGCGAGGUUGCAGUCACAUUCAAAUGCACGGAGAAAGCAUUUAACACGGCACUUUUGAGGAGGCCUCCCGGCUUCACCCCUUUCCGAAGUGCUGGAGUGGUUACUGAGGAAAAUACUCAAGUAUGUGGACAUGGCCAUAAAAAAACCAAACCUAAGUCUUCUGAGGAUUUACAGGAAGAUGCAAACGAACACAGUGAAAGCUUACAUAUACCUAGUACUGCAAACCCUCUGGAGCAAGAAGAUACUACAGCAAGAAGUCCAGGUGAAGAGUCUGUUGGGUUCCCAUCCCAAGACAGCAUUAUACCUUCGCUAUCUCUUUUUGAGCGACUGCCAGAUCUGCCAGAACCUCCUGCUCCAAAAUGUCCAGGAAAACCUUGGAAACCUAUUAUACUUUCUCCAACAUCUCUCCCAGACCCCGGAGACCUUGUGCUUGAAGAUCUUCUACCUAGUGAAGGAGAUGUGGCCGAACCCGAAGAAAUAGCUGCAGUCGCUAUCCAGCCAGUCGCUGCAGAUUUUGAUCUUGCAGAUGCUCUGAACUGAAUCAACACCCAGUUUAUUUCUUCGGGAACUCCCUAAGAGCCUACAGAGGUUAAGGUGAAAACAUUCUUGGGACUGAGGCUGCACACAAGCGUAACAUUAAAAUGAGAAGUUUUGGCAUGAUGAGCUUGGCUUUCUCCCACCUUUGCAACAGAAAUAGGAAAUGCACAAGUCAUAUGUUUAAAUUCAGAUAGGAAUCAUAUCUCUUUCACAAGAUGUUUCAGGUGGUCUACUUUUUAUCAAUCUCUAUUUAAACAUGUGUGUCACUUUUCAUUUUAUAUUUUUAAAAAUAGGGGGAAAGGUGUUAAAGCAGAUUUUAGAAGUUGCCGGACUGCUCAAGAGUUAAGUUUUGUUUGCAGCCUUUGUUGGCCAGGCAUUUACUGAGAUAAUUUCAAUUGCAACCUUAGUUUGCUUCUGAUGUCUUCUUGUUAUUUUCUUUCUGAUAUGUUGGAAAUAAUCUGAUUAAGCUGGUAUAACUAUACUAGAAUUGAAAUUGCAAAUACGAGAUGCAUAUGUAAUCCACUCUUAUGCAGCAAAUCUUACUGUACUCUCUUCCUUGGCUCUAGCAAAUAAAAAUCAAGCAACAAGCA